AUGACCAGCAAAGCAGUUAGUGUUGCCUCUCUCCCCCCUUUUGUUCUCUGGCGUUGCGCCACCGCCACUGUGCCCCACUGUCAUUUGUUUGGCUUGAAUGUCGCUUCUCCUCACACAUGCUACGAUAGGUGUAUGCUUUCAAAACCAGUUGCACCGCUGCUCCAUCAAUCGUGCUUUGCGGCGCAUUGCUGUGUUGGUGUUGUCCGCUCGCCAUGUAGGGGACAAAUGUGGGGAGAACCUGUGUGGACGUGCCGCUUGCUGUUGGCAGAGUGUGGUAGGUCGGCAGCACCUUCUCCACAGACUAUGGCUAUAUGCAGUCAAGAAAUGCUUGCAUUGAAAUGCAGGGGACUUCCAUUUGUUGAGUACAGUGUCAAUAACCUGCGGGAGGGCUCGCUUGUGCAUGUUGUUUCCAAAAUAUACAAGAAGCCCAGAUUUGUUCCAAUUCAUGGUACGUAUGUGGAAGACACUGAAUUGGUAGUUACGGAGCAGUUCGGCUCCCUGGUUCUCUUGGGGCACUUAUGA